CGCGGAUGUCGUCACCAACUCCCUUAUAAAGCGCGCCGCGCCCAAAUAAGCCCCAAAUCCCAGCAAAACCCCCAAGUACAGUACAGUACACAACGCAAUGGUCCCGAAACAGGAACUCCACUUCAGCGAACCCAAUUCCCACUUCUGCAUCAAAGCUGCUGCUGCUGCUGCUGCUCCAUUUUCGCAGCUCCGCAGUGAGCACGAAACCGCUGUCAUCGUCGCCGCACUCGUGCGCGUCCUCUCGGGGCAGUCGGCCGCCCCGUGCCGCCUCUGUGGCAUCGACGGGUGUCUCGGCUGCGAAACGUUCGCGCCCGGCGGAGGAAAGAACGAGGCAGUUGUUCUGAAUUUCGCCAACGGAGGAGCGGCUGCGGUGGCGGCGGUUGCCGAGAAGAGGAAGAGGAGGAAGAAUAAGAAUCUGUACCGGGGAGUUCGGCAGCGGCCGUGGGGAAAGUGGGCCGCGGAGAUCAGGGACCCGCGGCGCGCGGCGCGCAAGUGGCUCGGCACGUUCAACACCGCCGAGGAGGCGGCGCGGGCCUACGACCUCGCCGCCAUCGAGUUCCGCGGCGCCCGCGCCAAGCUCAAUUUCCCCGUCCCCGACCAAUUGCCGCUGCCGCCGCCGCCGCCGCUUCGCGAAACGAAGGCACAGUCGCAACAACAGCAGCAGGAGCAGAAGCAGCAGAAGCGCUGGGAAGGGGAGGAUUGGGAGAUGGUGGAGUUGUGGGAUGGGCUGCAGGAUUUGAUUGCCCUGGACGAUGUGGAGCUCUGCUUUCCACUGUUUGAUUGAUUCUAUUUCUUUUCUUUUUUUUAGGGACUGAGUUUUGUUUUUUAGAAAAUAAUUUUAUACAGUUGUUUGUCAAAGAGAGGACUGCUGCAUCAGCAGAAGUGGGGCCCUGCAUUUUUAAUGGCCACUGCCGAUUCAGCAAGAGAGAUGAGCGAAAGUAGAAUUUUUCAUUUUUUUAUUAUUUAAUUAAUUGUUAUACAAUUUAACAAAUUGUCACAGAUGAAAAAUAUUCAAUUCAGUAUUUCUUAGGCACGAGUGAUUGAACUUUUGAUA